AUGAACUUCCAGAAUCCAAGCCCCACGCUAUCUCAAACAGACUUGCAGUAUCCUGCUUGGUGUCAGGAUGAUCAGGUUCCCGUUACUAAAAGCGAGCUUAGGGAUAUCUUUGAGGAUUUAGCUAGAAAAUUUGGGUUUCAGCAGUCCUCCAAGGAGAAUAUGUAUCAUCAUUUGUUGACUCAAUUGGAUUCUCGGGCUAGUCGGACCACGGCGCAGGCCGCAUUGAUAUCUUUGCACGCUUCUUACAUCGGGGGCGACUGUGCCAACUACAAGAAGUGGUAUUUUGCCGCGCAGUUGAAUCUUGAUGAAGAGAUUGGAUUUUCUAAUAUGAGACUUCAAGGUAAAUCACACAAGAGAAAUAAACGGUUAGCUAAGGAGAAGGGUAUAUCGAUCAAGGAGCAGCAGAGGCUAUGGAAGGAGCGACAAGAAGAGUUUAUGAAGAAUCAUCCGAAAAUUGUUAUGACCCCAGGAGAAAGGGAUGAUGACUCAAGUUUUAAAGCAGCUGAUUUUAAGUGGAAACUCCGAAUGAGGGACUUGACGCCGACACAAAUGGCGCGGCAGUUGGCUUUGUAUUUACUAAUUUGGGGGGAGGCUAAUCAGCUUCGUUUUACGCCAGAAUGUUUAUGUUUUUUUUACAAGUGUGCACAGGACUAUGAUUGUCGUAUAACUGCUGAUGGAGUAAGGCAGCCCGAAAAACCUGAGUAUAGUUAUCUUAAUGAUAUUGUCACGCCCAUAUACAGGUUUUUAAGAAGCCAGAUAUAUGAGAUUGGACCCAGAGGUAAAUUUAUUAGACGUGAUAAUGAUCAUAAGGACAUUGUUGGUUAUGAUGAUGUGAACCAAUUGUUUUGGUACCCGGAAGGGAUUGAAAGAAUAAUUUUGAAAAAUGGAGACCGUCUUGUUGAUAAACAAGCUGGGGAGCGCUACGAAUACUUGAAAGACGUUGCAUGGGAUAACGUGUUUUAUAAAACUUACCGUGAAUCAAGAAGUUGGAUGCAUUGUGCUACGAAUUUCAACCGUAUUUGGAUCAUCCAUUUCUCAACCUUUUGGUUCUUUACUUCCUUUAAUGCACCUACCCUAUACACGAAAGAUUAUAUUCAAUUGUUAAACAAUCAACCAACGAUGCAAUCGAGGUUUUCAGCUGUAGCACUUGGAGGAGCAGUCACAUGUCUUGUACAGAUAGUUGCAACUUUAUCCGAGUGGAGUUUUGUGCCCCGUGAAUGGCCAGGCGCACAGCAUUUAUCAAGAAGAAUGCUAGGUUUGAUUUUUUGCUUUUUGUUGAACUUUGGUCCAUCUGUGUACGUAUUUGGGUUUUUUGCCCUUGACGAACAUUCAAGGUCGGCAUAUGUUAUAUCAAUUAUUCAAUUCGUUAUUGCAAUCAUCACCUCUUUAUUCUUUGCUACUAGACCAUUAGGGGGAUUGUUCACAUCAUAUCUACAACGCGGAAAGCGUAAGAGAAAGUAUGUUUCUUCCCAAACAUUUACUGCAUCUUUCCCAAAGUUAACAGGUAGAAGUAAGUGGUUUUCGAGAGGGUUAUGGAUAUGUGUAUUCCUUGCCAAGUUUUUGGAAUCUUAUUUCUUUUUAACUCUUUCGCUUAGAGAUCCAAUUAGGGUGUUAUCCAUUUUGAAUAUGAGCAGAUGCCAUGGUGAUAGAUUAUUAGGGACAAUGUUGUGUCGUUGGCAGCCUACAAUCACAUUAUUCUUAAUGUUGUUGACAGACUUGAUACUUUUCUUCUUAGAUACCUACUUGUGGUACAUUGUUUGUAACUGUAUCUUUUCGAUUAUGCUUUCCUUCUCUUUGGGUACUUCUAUAUUGACGCCAUGGAAGAAUAUUUAUUCCAGAUUGCCAAAGCGAAUUUACACAAAGAUCCUAGCCACUUCAGAGAUGGACAUAAAGUACAAACCGAAAAUAUUGAUAUCCCAAGUUUGGAAUGCCAUUGUUAUCUCAAUGUACCGUGAACACCUUCUAUCAAUUGACCAUGUUCAGAAAUUGUUAUACCAACAAGUGGAUUCGAUUUAUCAAGAUAAGAGAACUUUAAAAUCGCCAACUUUCUUUUUAGCGCAGGAUGACUCUACAUUUAAGUCGGUAGAAUUCUUUCCGAGAAAUUCAGAAGCUCAAAGGAGACUUUCAUUCUUUGCACAGUCGUUGUCAACUCCUAUCACGGAUCCAAUACCAGUCGAAUGCAUGCCAACAUUUACCGUUUUGAUUCCACAUUAUGCUGAGAAAAUAAUGUUAAAAUUGAAGGAAAUUAUCAAAGAAGAAUCUCCAAAAAGCAGAAUAACACUAUUGGAAUAUUUAAAGCACCUACAUCCUACCGAAUGGGAAUGUUUUGUCCAUGACACAAAAUUAUUAGCAAUUGAAAAGAACACCCGGUAUAAGCAUGAUAAAGAUGAAAGCUCGGACGCUUCAGUCUCACCUCCCAUGACUGGAAGCCCUGCGAUUCCACUAGAUUUGAAUGAUGAUUUAUUAAAUGCUCGCAUUAAAGAUUUGCCAUAUUAUUGCUUGGGCUUUGGGGCAUCUGAUCCACAGGAUACCUUAAGAACACGGAUUUGGGCGUCUUUGAGAACGCAAACGUUAUACCGAACGAUAUCUGGCUUCAUGAAUUACGCCAAGGCAAUUAAAUUGUUGUAUCGCAUAGAAAACCCCUCAAUUAUACAAUUUUAUGCCGCUGAUCAAGAAGCUUUGGACAAUGAUUUGGAUGCAAUGGCCAAUAGGAAAUUUAAAAUGGUUGUUGCAAUGCAAAGAUAUGCUCAAUUCACAUUAGAAGAAAUAGAAGCCGUUGAAUUUAUAUGGAAAGCAUACCCUGAAAUAAUGGUUUCAUACUUAGUCGAUGAGCCGAAUCCCAACGAUCCAAAUGGAGAGCCCAUUUAUUACAGUUGUUUGACAGAUGGAACAUGCGAGACCGAUACGAAGACAGGUAGGCGUGAAAACAUCUACAAGAUCCGUCUUUCCGGUAAUCCAAUUUUAGGUGAUGGUAAAUCUGACAACCAGAACAGUUCUAUAAUAUUUUAUCGUGGUGAGUAUAUCCAGGUCAUUGAUGCAAACCAAGAUAACUAUCUAGAAGAAUGUUUGAAAAUUCGUUCUGUUUUAAGCGAGUUCGAAGAAAUGGAAAUGGAUAAUUUUAUUCCUUAUAUUCCAGGUAUUGAAUAUCAAGAACAACCACCCCCAGUGGCAAUUAUCGGUGCCCGUGAAUACAUUUUCUCCGAGAAUAUUGGUGUUCUAGGUGACAUUGCAGCAGGAAAAGAGCAAACUUUCGGUACAUUAUUCGCAAGAACCUUGGCUGAAAUUGGCGCAAAGUUACACUAUGGUCACCCAGAUUUCUUAAAUGCCAUUUUUAUGACGACAAGAGGUGGUAUUUCAAAGGCUCAAAAGGGUUUGCAUUUAAAUGAAGAUAUUUAUGCUGGAAUGAACGCAGUUUGUCGUGGUGGAAGAAUAAAGCAUAGUGACUACUAUCAGUGUGGAAAAGGGCGUGAUCUUGGGUUUGGAAGUAUAUUAAAUUUCACAACAAAAAUUGGUGCUGGCACUGGAGAGCAAUUACUAUCUCGUGAGUAUUAUUACUUGGGUACACAACUUUCAAUCGAUCGGUUUUUAACGUUUUUUUAUGCUCAUCCUGGAUUUCAUUUAAACAACUUGUUCAUUACUCUAUCCGUUCAGUUAUUCUUCCUCUUAUUGUUGAAUUUAGGUGCAUUAAACCAUGAAACGAUAACAUGUAUGUACAAUAAAGACAUCCCAAUUACGAAUUUAGAGAGACCUAUUGGGUGUUACAAUCUCCAGCCCGUAUUACAUUGGGUGACUAUUUUUGUGUUGUCAAUUUUUAUUGUGUUCUUCAUAUCCUUUGCGCCUUUAUUAAUCCAAGAAUUACUUGAGAAAGGUAUUUGGAAAGCAUGUACCCGUUUUAUUCACCACCUACUGUGCAUGGCCCCAUUGUUUGAAGUGUUUGUUUGCCAAGUUUACUCAAAAGCUUUAUUCAGUAACGUCACAUUCGGAGGAGCGAAAUAUAUACCGACUGGUAGAGGUUUUGCAAUUACUAGACUUGAUUUCCAUCAAUUGUUUUCCCGAUUUGGUGUCACUUCGAUUUAUUCGGGCUCCAGGAUAUUUUUGAUGCUAUUAUUCGCCACAUUAUCAAUGUGGCAGCCUGCGUUAUUGUGGUUUUGGAUUACUGUUGUAUCCUUAAGUUUGGCUCCGUUCAUCUUUAACCCACAUCAGUAUUCUUUUGUCAGCUACUUUGUUGAUUAUAGGAACUUUAUCAGAUGGUUGUUUAGGGGGAAUAGUAGAUAUCAUCCAGACUCGUGGGCUACAUAUGUCAAAUCUUCGAGGUCACAGUUCACUGGUUAUAAGAAGAAAUUAAUUGGCGAUAAAUCUGAGAGUAGCAUUAAGGAUUUAAAUAGGGCUGCGAUUGGUAACCUAUUAUUUGCCGAAGUAUUAAUACCACUAUUCAUUGUAAUAUUCAGUAUUACAGCUUAUACCUUUAUUAACGCGCAAACAGGUGUUCGUGCGGUAUCUCCAACUCACUCUUUAGUUCGACUAGCCAUUGUUACCUUUUUCCCAAUUUUAAUGAAUUCAAUAGUAUUGGGUAUGUUAUUCGGUCUAUCGUUCGCUGCUGCUCCAAUCUUAUUGUGCUGUUGUCAAAGAACAAGUGCCACGAUUGCUGCAAUUGCCCACUGUUCUUCGGUUGUGAUUUACUUCGUUGACUUUGAGCUCAUGUGGUUCUUAGAGGGCUGGAACUUUACUAGAGCAUUGUUGUUGUUGAUCACUUGUAUUAAUAUUCAAAAUUUCCUAUUCAAGGUUGUAUCAGUUUGUGUCUUGACUCGUGAAUACAAGAACAACAAGUCUCAUAUUGCAUGGUGGUCGGGCAAGUGGUACAAUACAGGUAUAGGCUGGCAAGUUAUCUUCCAACCAUCUAGAGAAUAUUUGGUAAAAAUAAUAGAGUCGAGUGUAUUUGCAGGUGACUUUAUCCUUGGCCACUGGUUGCUAUUUCUACAAACUCCUUUACUAUUUCUCCCAUAUAUCGACCACUGGCAUUCUACUAUGUUGUUUUGGUUAAAACCUGGAAACCUUAUAUCAGGAGAACUAAUAUUUACCAACAAGCAAAGGAAAACGAGAAGAUCUAUUGUAAGGCGAUACACUUUACUUUACUUUUUCAUAAUGACGAUAUUUAUUGUAUUGUUAUUUGCGCCAAUCUUCGCACAGCAAUAUGUCCCUGACGGAGCCAAAUUGUUUGCCGGUAGUGCACUUGAUGGUUUGGCACAGCCUAGUAGUCAAGACAACAAUGACACUGAUAAUAAAGCGCCCCGAACAAUUCUUAGAACUACUCCACGCAUGCCACAAUUCAAAACAGUUAGGUAG